AUGGCUGCCACUACAGGGCACUGCAUUGCAAGGUUCAUAGACCCAGAACCAAUGAAAUACUCCAUCUCAGCCAUUUCUAUUAGACAAUCUGUCAAUGUUUUCAAAAAAAGAAACCUGCUCUGUUCAAUGUCCAUGAAUGGUUGCCAAGGUGAACCCAGACUACCGGUGGGCACCGUCGAAACGCGCACUUUACCGGCAGUUUUGAGCCCUGCAUUGGCCGUGGACCGCCUCAAGUCCGCCGUGUCAGAAUUACAAUCCGACCCACCUCCGUUCGACUCUGGAAUCAUUCGCCUCCAGGUGCCAGUCCAAGAGCAGAUUGAAGCACUUGAUUGGCUUCAUGCCCAAAACCAGCUUCUACCACGCUGUUUUUUCUCAGGCAGGAGCCAAAGUGUUGGUUCUGAUUUACUUGUUGAUGUAAAUCAAAGAAUCAAUGGAAAAGGCCAUACUUCAUCUGAGGGGCACAAACUUAUCAGUGUCGCUGGCAUUGGUUCUGCUGUCUUCUUUCGCCAUCUCCAUCCAUUCUCAUUUGAUGAUUGGCGAUCCAUAAAGAGGUUCCUCUCUGAGAAAUGCCCUUUAAUUCGUGCUUAUGGAGCCAUCCGCUUUGAUGCAAGGGCUAACGUAUCACGUGAAUGGGAGGCUUUUGGUUCAUUUUACUUCAUGGUUCCACAGGUUGAGUUUGAUGAGCUUGAAGGAAGUUCAAUGCUUGCCACAACCGUUGCGUGGGACAAUGCCAUCUCAUUGACAUACGAAAAGGCAGUUGCUGCACUUCAGGCUACAAUGCAACAGGUCUCCUCUAUUGUCUUGAAGUCACAAAAUGAAGUACCUAGUACAUUCAUCCUCAGCAAUAAUCACAUUCCUGGUAAAACAUCUUGGGCUCUUGCAGUUAAUAGAGCUUUGCAGAUGAUAAACAGUAGCAACUCAUCCCUCAAUAAGGUUGUGCUUGCACAAAGCAGCAAUGUUAUGACCACACCUGAUAUUGACCCUUUAACUUGGUUGUCUUGCUUACAGGUUGAAGGACAAAACUCUUACCAGUUCUGUCUUCAGCCUUCUGAUGCACCAGCAUUUAUUGGGAACACUCCAGAGCGACUAUUUCACCGAAACAAGCUUAGCAUUUGUAGCGAGGCUUUGGCUGCAACCCGAGCUAGAGGGGGAUCGAAGGCCCUAGAUCUUCAGAUAGAACUUGAUUUACUUUCCAGUCCUAAGGAUCACCUGGAAUUUACUAUUGUGCGAGAGUGGAUCAGAAGAAAACUAGAGGCUGUAUGUGCAAGCGUAGUGGUUGAACCAGAGAAAGCAAUUCGAAAACUCCCUAGGGUCCAACAUCUCUAUGCUCAACUGACUGGGAAGCUGGCAAGUGAAGAUGAUGAGUUUGAUGUUUUGUCAUCUCUUCAUCCAACUCCUGCAGUUUGUGGGUUUCCUACUGAAGAUGCGAGGCUUUUAAUUGCAGAAACUGAAAUGUUUGACCGAGGGAUGUAUGCUGGUCCUGUUGGAUGGUUUGGAGGAGAAGAGAGUGAGUUUGCUGUUGGAAUAAGAUCAGCUUUGGUGGAAAAGGGUAAUGGCGCAUUACUUUAUGCUGGUACUGGGAUAGUGCAAGGAAGCGAUCCAUCUGUAGAAUGGAAGGAAUUGGAAUUGAAGAAAUCUCAGUUCACCAAGUUGAUGAAAUGUGUGAUGCCUAUCUAG